UCCUACCGUCAUCGUCACCGUCACCGUCACUCCAUGUCAAGUAAAUGGCCUCCAACACGCUGACGUUUGUGGUCUUUAACGAUUAACUAACAUACUCAAUGUCGAAAUGAAGCGGUACAUUAACGGUAACCGUUAUGUCUGCUUUCCUCUUCGAUUUCUCUCUUGCCCUAGGCUCCUUGCUCGCCAGAGAUUAAAAUUGCCCAAGAAGAUCUCUCUUGUUGGGAUUCUAAGCCAAGACUCAAGAGGUUUCUCUCUAGGUAAGGCAAGAUAAAGGUGAUAUUUUUUGAUGAUAUUCAUCAAUGAAAGUUCAUUACUUUCUAAUUCAGAAGUGAAAGAUGAUUGAGUUUGUUUCAUUUUGUUAGUUUCAUGAGCUUUGGGUUUGAUUUGUUGAGAUUUUAAGUUGUUUUAUGGACUAAAACCAGAAACUCAUUUAGUGGAUAAGGGAUGAAAAAGGUGAUUUUUUUAUGUUAGUCAUCAAUGAAGUUGAAGUGAAAGAUUAUUGGCUUUUUGUUCUUUUUUUAUUGGUUUGAUGAGCUUGGCUUUGAUUUGCUGAGAUUAUAAGUUGUUCUUUGGACUAAAAAAGGAAUUCCCUUUUACUGGAUAAGGUCUAGUAAAGAUGGGAGAAGAUUUGCUCACAAGCUUGUCUAUUGAAAAUCACCACCCAUCAACAGUUUUAUCGAUGGAUUCAAGUUCAGUCUCUCAUGACGAAUUAGAUAGAGAGAUGAACCGGUCAAUUGCUCUUUCUAGACCACCUGAUAUUAAUCUGAUUCCUCUAUCUGCUGAGCGUAGUCCUCCACAAUCAUGGAAUUCUGAUCCAUUAGAUAUGUUAGAUGUUGGUCUUGGAACUCAAAUCAAUGAAGUUGACACUUUGGUUACUGUGUCCAAAAGCGGGCGUAAAUGUGCCAAGAGAUUGGAUAGUGUUUGGGGUGCUUGGUUUUUCUUUAGUUAUUAUUUUAAGCCUGUGUUUAAUGAAAAAUCAAAAGUCAAGGUGACAAGGGAUGGCAAUGGAGUCUCUGGGUUUGAUAAGUCAGAUCUUGAGCUGGAGGUGUUUUUAGUUCAGCAUGAUAUGGAGAAUAUGUAUAUGUGGGCUUUUAAGGAGAGGCCUGAGAAUGCACUGGGUAAGAUGCAGCUGAGGAGUUACAUGAAUGGCCAUUCACGUCAAGGGGAGCGUCCUUUUCCCUUUAGUGCUGACAAGGGGUUUGUUCGAUCACAUAGGAUGCAGCGAAAGCAUUAUAGGGGUCUUUCUAAUCCUCAGUGUGUGCAUGGAAUCGAGGUUGUUCCAUCACCCAAUCUCAAGGGUCUUGAUGAAGAAGAGCAAAAGAGGUGGAUGGAACUUACAGGAAGGGAACUCAACUUCUCAGUCCCACCUGAAGCAAGUGAAUUUUGUACCUGGAGGAACCUUACUAACACAGAAUUUGAGCUUGAUAGACCCCUUCCUCCUUUAAAAACUCACCCACAGCCUCAUCCAAAAAAGCUGCUUAAUGGAUCUGGUUUAAAUUUGUCAACUCGACCAUCAAACCAUGCAAAUGGUGGUGUUAUGGAUCUUUCCCCUGUCAGCAACAAGAGGAAGAAGGAUUUGUUUCUAAAUGGCAAUGAUGAAGACUGUUGUUUGCUCAUCAAUCAGCAUAAUGAUAGGGUCAAUGAUACAGAGAUGCACCCAAUUGAGCCACCUUGGUUGAAUGAGUUUAGUGGAGUAAUGAGAAAUGUUUAUGGGCCGGUUACAGCUGCAAAAACUAUUUACGAAGAUGAACAGGGAUACCUAAUUAUCAUCAGCUUGCCUUUUGCUGAUCUUAAAAGGGUGAAAGUUACUUGGUGGAAUAAUCUCACUCAUGGUGUUGUAAAGAUAUCAUCUGUAAGUACAACUUGCAUGCCCUUCAUUAAGAGAAACGAUAGAACAUUCAAGCUUACAGAUCCAUCUCCUGAGCAUUGUCCUCCGGGGGAGUUCAUAAGGGAAAUAGCUCUACCCACCCGGAUUCCUGAUGAUGCUAAGCUAGAAGCAUAUGGUGAUGAAACAGGAACUGGCCUUGAAAUCAUUGUGCCAAAGCACCGUACAGGUCCAGAAGAACAUGAAGUUCGCAUCUGCCUCCGUCCUCACCGAGCAGCAAAUGAGCUUUUGCUGUCUUGACUUUUAAUUGAGGCUUCCAUUGGAGAAAUACAGAGAUAGAUGUGGUCAAUUAUCCAUUAUUUUGUACCAAAAGGAAAAUUUUUUAAAGAAAUAAAUUUACAUUUGGCUCUUUCCUUUUGCCGCAUCA